CCACCAGCUAAAUACCUCCUGCCAGAACUGACAGCAUCAGACUAUGGGAAGAAGUGCGUGGUCAUUGAUUUAGAUGAAACUUUAGUGCACAGUUCAUUUAAGCCAAUUAGCAAUGCUGAUUUCAUCGUUCCUGUUGAAAUUGAUGGAACCAUACAUCAGGUUUAUGUAUUGAAACGACCACAUGUGGAUGAGUUUCUUCAGAGGAUGGGAGAGCUCUUUGAAUGUGUACUCUUCACAGCCAGUCUAGCCAAGUAUGCAGACCCAGUAGCCGACUUACUGGAUCGCUGGGGUGUGUUCAGGGCAAGGCUCUUCAGAGAAUCCUGUGUUUUCCACCGAGGGAAUUACGUGAAGGAUCUGAGUCGACUGGGGCGUGAGCUGAGUAAAGUUAUUAUAGUAGAUAAUUCUCCUGCAUCUUACAUCUUCCAUCCUGAAAAUGCAGUGCCUGUGCAGUCCUGGUUUGAUGACAUGACAGACACAGAGCUGCUAGAUCUUAUUCCUUUCUUUGAAGGACUAAGCAAAGAGGAAGAAGUUUACAGUAUGCUUCAUAAACUCUGCAACAGGUAGCCUUUAACUUGGACUGACUUCUGCUACUAGGUUGCAGUUGCUAGAGGCUGUCUCCCAUCUUUUUCAGCUCUUUCAAGUGUAAGCUUUGGGGAGGUCACCCCUGUCAGAAGUGCUACUCUUGAUCUUCCUGUUACAUUGGACACGAAGGACAAUCAUGAGUGAUGAUGCUAUUAAGCCUUCAGAAGCCUGACUCCUAAGGUCAUGUGUUCAGACUACUUUUUUAAAG